AGUCAUGCCUGAUGCCAUGGACAGCACCACCAGCAAGCGCUACGAGGGUAAAAUCCCGUGGGUGCAGCGCUCACAGCCAGCAGUGCGCCGCCAGCAGUGUAGGAUCCUGGACGAUCAGAAGAACGCUGCAAUGGUAGCUGAUAAUGUGGAGUGUGAAAAAACCAGCCUCUUUGCAAACUGGAAGGAGAAGGACCAGCACGAACAGAAGAGUCUGGAAGAUAAUUACAAAACUAUCAACAAAGAAACACAAGCUGUAAAAACAGCCAGACUUGCAGUGCGCAGAGAGUUGCUGGCUAAUAAGCUAGAGGAAGAAGACAGACAGUGCCAGAGCGAACUGCAAGCAAAAGGAUUAGCUCAAUUCAAAGAACGUAGAUAAACCAUCAGUUCAAUCAUUCAAAUACCACCUCUCA